GCGCAGCCGGGGGCCGGGCGGCGACUCCGGAAUCUCGGUGAUCCCCAGUCUGCGCCGCAUCCCGAACCGCAGCCACGGCCGCCUACAAGCUGGUGCUGAUCUGACAUGGUGAGAGCGCAUGGAACCUGGAGAACCGUUUCAGCGGCUGGUACGACGCGGACCUGAGCCCAGCCGGGCACGAGGAGGCGAAGCGAGGCGGGCAGGCGCUGAGAGAUGCUGGCUAUGAGUUUGACAUCUGCUUCACCUCAGUGCAGAAGAGAGCAAUCCGGACCCUCUGGACAGUGCUGGAUGCCAUUGACCAAAUGUGGCUGCCAGUGGUGAGGACUUGGCGCCUUAACGAGCGACACUACGGGGGUCUGACUGGCCUCAAUAAGGCAGAAACUGCUGCCAAACAUGGUGAGGCGCAGGUCAAGAUCUGGAGGCGCUCUUAUGACGUCCCGCCACCGCCCAUGGAGCCCGACCAUCCCUUCUACAGCAACAUCAGUAAGGAUCGCAGGUACGCAGACCUCACUGAAGACCAGCUGCCCUCCUGUGAGAGUCUGAAAGACACAAUUGCCAGAGCUCUGCCCUUUUGGAAUGAAGAAAUUGUCCCCCAGAUCAAGGAGGGGAAACGGGUACUAAUUGCAGCCCAUGGCAACAGCCUUCGGGGCAUCGUCAAGCAUCUGGAGGGUCUCUCUGAAGAGGCUAUCAUGGAGCUGAACCUGCCGACUGGCAUUCCCAUGGUCUAUGAAUUGGACAAGAACUUGAAGCCCAUCAAGCCCAUGCAGUUCCUGGGGGAUGAAGAGACCGUGCGUAAAGCCAUGGAGGCUGUGGCUGCCCAGGGCAAGGCCAAGAAGUGAGGGCAAGCAGCAGAUUACUUUCCCAAGGAUUACCCUCCUCCCCUGCCCUGGCCCACCC